AUGGCAAUAAAAAUUAUUUUAGUUCCAAUUUUGGUGAUUUUUUUAAGUUUUGGCAACAUCGAAAGUGCUAAAGUUGAUCCUGACAUUUGUAAUGGAAUUAAUUUUGGAUUUUUAUCACAUCCAGAUCCAGUACGAUGCACAGAAUACAUAAUUUGCUUUAAUGAGGAACCUUACUUCUUCACCUGUGCAUAUCCAGAUCAAAUUUUCUUUCUACCAUACACUUAUUGUGUUAAAGGUGACCCAAUUACAUGCGAGGUUCUUGUAAAUGUAACAACAUUGAGUCCACCAAUAACCACGACAAGCACAACAACUUCAACAACAACUUUGAGCACAACAACGUCAACAACAACCGAGAGUCCCAUUGACACAACAACGGAAAGGACACUCCCUGAUGACUUUUGUAUAGGAAUUAAUUUUGGUGUCUUUACACAUCCACACAAUUGUACAAAGUUCGUUGUCUGUACGUUUGAAACUCCGAUGAUAUCUGCUUGUCAAAAUCCUUACAUGAUCUUCUUCAAUGGCUCGUGUGUGCCUGGUGAUCCAGCAACAUGUGAAGCUUUCAGUCGAACUACUUUGAGUUCUGAUACAACCAUUGUAAACGUCCCACCAACAACAACCACAGAAAGACUCACUACAACUGUGACAAUUCCAACUACGAGGUCACCAAUUCCUAGUAUUCCAACUCCACCAGUUACACCAUUAUCGACAACAACUGUAGCACAAGCAAUAAAACAACCACCUAAAAUAGUAAAUUAA